CCAAAGAAUUAAAUGAGAGAUUUGAGAAUGAAUCAAAGUUUGUUUUGAGUUUUGACAGAAUGUGGCACUUCAACAAAAUACACUUAAAUCUAGUUGCAUUUUCUAUCACUACCUUUGUGGUGUUUUUUGGUAUUAAUUCAUUAGAUGGUUUAAAAUUAGUGUCUAGAUUGAAUUAUCAAAGGGUUCAAAAGGGAGAUUUAGGAUUCACCCUUUCAUCUUACAAGGAUGAGGGAAGAUAUGAGCCAAUGGUUUAUAAUGGAUUCGUUAACAAAUUGCCUAUAAGAAGAUCAAUGCAACAAGGAGAUGGAAAUUUGGAGAAAGUUGAAGCAAGUCUUGCAAAAGCAAGAACAUUGAUAAAACAAGCUUUGUUGAGAACCAAUGACAUUGUGCCUCUUGAGGAUUCUCAUGAUUAUAUUCCACAAGGAGACAUCUACAGAAAUGCUUUUGCUUUUCAUAGAAGUUACAUCUUAAUGGAGAAACUCUUUAAAAUCUUUGUGUAUGAAGAGGGAGAACCUCCUCUUUUUCAUUAUGGUCCUUGCAAGAAUAUAUAUUCAAUGGAAGGAAUAUUUAUCAAUUUAUUGGAAAGCAAUACUCUAUUUCGAACUCAAAAUCCAAAUGAAGCUCAUGUCUACUUUCUUCCAUUUAGUGUUGUUAUGAUCCUUGAACAUCUAUUUCAUCCAGUUAUUCGUGACAAAGCUGUUUUGGGAAGAACUAUUGGUGAUUAUGUUCAUAUCAUAUCACACAAAUAUGCAUAUUGGAAUAGAAGUUAUGGAGCUGACCAUUUCAUGCUUUCUUGUCAUGAUUGGGGACCAAGGGCAACAUGGUAUGUUAAGGAAUUAUAUUUCAUUGCAAUCCGAGUACUUUGUAAUGCAAACAUCUCAGAACAUUUCAAUCCAAAGAAAGAUGCAUCAUUUCCUGAAAUCAACUUAGUAACAGGAGAAACAAAAAAUCUACUUGGUGGCUAUCAAUCAUGGAACAGAACAAUUUUGGCUUUCUUUGCAGGACACAUGCAUGGUAAAAUUAGACCAAUACUUUUUCAACAUUGGAAGAACAAAGACAAAGAUGUGUUAGUUUAUGAAAAGCUUCCAGAAAAUGUUUCAUACCAUGAAACAAUGAAGAUGAGUAAAUAUUGUAUUUGUCCAAGUGGAUGGGAAGUGGCAAGUCCAAGAAUUGUUGAGGCAAUUUAUGCCGAAUGUGUACCUAUUAUAAUAUCACAGCAAUAUGUGCUUCCUUUUAAUGAUGUUCUUAAUUGGGAUUCUUUCUCUGUUCAGAUUGAAGUGAGUGAAAUUCCUAAGCUUAAGGAAAUUUUGUUGGGUAUAUCUGAGGAGAAAUAUAAGAGAUUGCAUGAGGGGGUUAAGCAAGUGCAAAGACAUUUUGUUGUGAAUAAUCCCCCUAAGAGAUAUGAUGUAUUUCAUAUGAUUAUUCAUUCCAUAUGGCUUAGGAGAUUGAAUGUAAUUGUGAAAUGAGAUUGUUCUCAUUGUUUUUCUCUCAAUAUUUAUACUUUUUGUAUAUGUCAUUGAACUUGUUACUCCGCAUUUCAUUGUAAUUUUUUUUUUCCAGACUUAUGCUCUCUUUUAUCAUAAAAAAAA